UUAUGCUUUUAUUUUGACGACUUGAACCGGAAGCGUUUGUGACGUUGCUGGCUGUGUGUGUUGUGAGUGAACAGUGUGACAUAAUAAGUGUGUUCAGUGUGUGUUUGUAACGAGCAGUGAUGACAGACGGAGCCUCACACCGACACUUCUAUCUCUGCAGAUGUUUUUCCACUGACAACAUUUUCCUGGAGGAAUACCACACGCACGUCCGCUUUGUGACGCAGCAGCAGUUCACACUGGACUACCGAGCACUGCUCAGCAGGCUCGGCUGUGUGACAGAGCAGCAGUUUGAGGAUGUACUCAACAAGAUUUCACAGGAAGUGGACAGACGAAGGCAUCUUGGUGUGAUGUCUGCUGAGAGAGCUAUAGCUAUAAAAGACAUGUACCAGCCUUUCCAUCCCCACGUCUACCAUCUGCAGGAGUCCUACCUCUCACCAAAGUUCAAGCAGAUUGUUGAGUACUGUGAAAACAGGAACACCAGUGAAGAAGGUCUCUUAGACUUGUUGGAGGAAGAGGCAGCAGUAAGAGUGUAUCGCCUACCUGUGUUUGAGAAAAGCUUCUGUGAUGAGCUGGUGGAGGAGCUGGAGCACUUUGAGAAGUCCUCUGCCCCUAAAGGAAGACCCACCACUAUGAACCAUUAUGGGAUCCUUCUGGAUGAACUGGGCUUUGAUGAAGACUUCAUCACACCCCUCUGUGAGCGCUACCUGUAUCCACUCACCUCCCUGCUGUACCCUGACUGUGGGGGGCGCUGUCUGGACAGCCACAAGGCCUUUGUUGUUAAAUAUGACAUGAAUGAAGACCUGGAUCUGAGCUACCACUAUGACAACUCAGAGGUCACCCUGAAUGUUUCCCUGGGCAAGGACUUCACUGAGGGAAACCUUUACUUUGGUGAUAUGAAACAGGUUCCCUUAAAUGAGACGGAGUGUUCAGAGGUUGAGCACAGGGUGACCGAGGGCCUCCUCCACCGGGGUCAACAUAUGCACGGGGCCCUACCCAUCUCCUCUGGCCAGCGCUGGAACCUCAUCAUCUGGAUGAGAGCCUCACAGGUGCGCAACAACCUGUGCCCCAUGUGCAACAAGAGGCCGACACUGGUGGAAGGAGAGGGCUUUGCUGACGGCUUCACCAAACCCUCCAGUGCACAGCCGAGCACUCCAUGUGUGCUGACGUGACGUAUCCUGCUGCUACCAGCCUUAAUAAAAAGACACUGUGGCAGCCAGCAAUGCAUGCUGCUACCUCUGAUGGAUGCUGUAGGCAUAUGAUGAUUAAUGAAUGAUUAAUGUUCUCACAGCUGAUUGAGUUGAACAGACAGAUAGGCUGCUGAAUGCUUCUUGUAGUGUUAAUCAAGACUACACUGGCUGACAGCAAAAAACCAUUACAUUAAAUUAAAUGUAUUAUCAUGAUUAUCACGUUCUGACUGCGUUCCAAUUUGGAAUUAUAAAUAUUUAUUAUUCAUACAAUUUAUGAUAGUAGUGGUGCUUAAAUUCUGACAUUCAGUGUAGUGUGCCAUUUUAUGAAGAGUAUGCCUUACGGCCUUGGAUAUGAGUCCAAUGAUGUAAAUAUAUAUAAUCUUUAUAUACAGGAUAAUACAGUCUGUGUUUGUACUAAAGAUGAAUUGGUGAUCCUGUAUGUUAUACAGUACAUCACACUCACUGCAUCUCUGUCAUCAUUCAUAUCCAGUCAGGGUAUUCUCUAACUGAUUUAACAUCUGGUAUUGUGAGGCAUUGUUGGGUCUAUAUGGAAAGUGUCAUGAGAUAACUUCGGUUCUAUAAAUAAAAUAAAAUAAAUUUAAUACUGAGUAUCCAU